AAACACCUUGAUCUGUCUCGGAAUGCGCUUGGAGGUGGCUUCCCUAGAUGUCUUGGUAACAGUAGUAAUUUGAAGUUAUUGCUACUGUCUUCCAACAAUCUAGACGGGCAGCUUCCUGAGAUAAUGAAUAACUUGUCAUGCGUGUCACAUUCUCUCGAGUAUCUGAACUUAGAAGAGAAUCACAUUGGUGGUUCACUGACUGAUAUUGUAGCUAAGUUUGCAUCUUUGAGAGAGCUGAGGCUUGGACGUAAUAAGUUGAAUGAAUCCAUCCCGGGAGCUGUUGGAAAACUACCAAGUCUUGUUCUUUUGGAUUUAUCUUGGAACAAAAUCACGGGAUCAGUGCCUGAUCUUUUUCUGUUAUCGUCGUUGAGGGAAUUAUAUCUUUCUCAUAAUCAGUUAACUGGUGUAACGGAGAGUAUUGGACGUCUUUCCAAACUUGAGAAGUUGUACCUUGACUUCAAUCAGCUUGAAGGCACAAUAGCUGAAGCUCAUUUGUCCAAGCUCUUGAAAUUACGUGAGCUGGACCUCUCUUAUAACACUCAACUACAUAUUCGAGUCAGUUCAGAUUGGAUCCCGCCUUUUCAGCUGGAUCUCAUUCGUUUUACCCACUGCAAAUUGGGUCCUCAAUUCCCAAACUGGCUGCGGAAUCAGAACAACAUUUCCGAGCUUGAAUUUUCAGCCUCUGGAAUUUCAGGUAACGUUCCUAGUUGGUUCUGGGAACAGUUACCUGGAUUGACCUUCUUAAACCUUUCUUACAAUGAUAUAGGAGGAAAUGUACCAGAUCUCUCAAAGAAGAUGACUGAUCUUCUUUGCAUAGAUUUGGCUACAAACAAAUUCACCGGUCCAGUACCACGUUUUCCUACCAGUGUUAUAACAGUUGAUCUCUCCAACAACAUGUUUUCCGGUACCAUCUCCUUCAUUUGUGACAAUUUUGAUUACUUGGGAUAUCUUGACCUCUCAGACAACAGAUUGUCUGGAGAGCUUCCUCACUGCUGGACGCUUAGAAGUAUCGUGCAUCUUAACUUAGGGACUAAUAACUUCUUCGGGGAGAUACCUGAUUCGAUAGGCUCAUUGCAGACGAUGGGAAUGCUGCAUCUUCAAAACAAUCAUUUGACAGGAGAACUACCUCAGUCCCUGGCAAAUUGCAAGAAGUUAAGGGUUAUAAACGUUCAGUCUAAUAACUUGUCUGGUGAAAUUCCAGAAUGGAUUGGGAGUAACAUAUCUGAUAUCAUUAUUGUUAUCUUAAAAUCCAACAGGUUUAGUGGAAGCAUACCUUCAACCAUAUGCCAGCUAAAAGAACUUCAAAUCUUGGACUUAUCUGAAAAUAAGAUAUCCGGGAUCAUACCAAAAUGUAUCAACAACCUCACUGCAAUGACGGAAGAAGAGAGCACAAUGCACCAAAUAAAGAGUUGGUAUUUUCAGGUCGAUGAUCAAGGUGAAGUCAAAGUAAAUGCCUCAUACGAUGAGACUGCAGUUUUGAUGUGGAAGGGACGACAAUUUGAAUACAGCAGCAUACUUGGUAUGGUGAAGAGCAUCGAUCUUUCAAGCAACAACAUGGUGGGAGAAAUCCCGGUUGUAAUUACAUCUCUUGUAGGUUUGCACGGUUUGAACCUGUCGAGCAACAACUUAACCGGCAGCAUCCCUCUGAGGAUUGGUGAAAUGAGGGCACUAAAUUUCCUUGACUUAAGCAUAAAUGAUCUUACAGGGGAAAUUCCAGCUAGCCUUUCACAGUUAAGUCACCUGGGAGUCUUGAACUUGUCAUACAACAACUUGUCUGGUCGAAUACCUCUAGGCGAACACUCACUGACUUUCAACAACAGAUCCUACAUUGGAAAUCAUGGACUUUGCGGCUAUCCACUAACAGACACUUGCUCUCUGGAGGAACUGCCUCGAGAUUCAACGUUGAGUGAUGAGGAUGAGUUUAUAACUCCAGAAUUUUAUGUUAGUAUGGGAAUCAGCUUUAUUUCUGCAUUUUUGGGAGUUUCAGCUCUGAUCUUAAAUAGAAGGUGGACUUAUGGUCCACUCAGGUACUAGGAAAUCAAUAAUGUAACAUCACACAGUUAAAUGCAGCUUUACUUACAUACCAAUUUGUUAAGGGCACAUACAACAACCUUUUUUAUUGCAGAUUUAAGUAUAAUAAUGAGCUCAUCUUCAAUCCCCUUCAA